AUGAUCAAUCAAGAACAGAAACAGUGCAAAUCUAGUACUGAUAGUGCCUGGACUGAAACUGGUAUCACUGACUUAAAGAAUUUUCAAGCAAAGGUGAAAAAACAUAAUUCCAGGGAAAAACACUUAAAUGGUUUCAUUGAGUUUUCAAUGCUAGGGAAAGUGGACAUUAUGUGGCAAUUAGACAGUGAUUACCACCAUAAUAUAAAGAUAUAUAAUGAAAAUGUAUCAAAAAUCGGCCUAUCAAAGACAAUUCAAAAUGAACUCCUGGAAUCAAUUUAUGAGGUAUGCCUCAAUUUCAUCAGGAGUGAACUGUCAAAGGCAAACUUUCUCGCAAUAGAAGUUGAUGAAACUACUGACAAAAUAAAUGAAAGAUUUAUUUCCUUUCUACGCCCAAAAAGUCACAGUGCAAACGAUGUAACUGCAGCUGUUCUCUGCGAGCUAGAGAAAAUGAAUGUACAUGAAACACCUGAAAAACUGAUAGCUCAGUGUUACGACGGUGCUCCUGUUAUGAGUGGCCAUAAAAGUGGAGUUCAAACUAGAAUUAGAGAAAUGUACAGGAAUACUCACUUUAUUCACUGUUAUGCCCAUCAGUUAAAUUUAAUUGUUGAACGUUGUGUGAUGGGCAAUAAACAAGUGUGGAUCUUCUUUAGCAGCUUGGAAGGAAUUUCCACCUCUUUUUCCCGGUCUUCUAGCCGUACAGCCAUUCUUGACAAAGUAGUGAAGAAGCGUAUUCCUACCUGUCCUCAGUCCGUCAGAUGGAAUUUUAAAUCACGGGGCGUAACUACUGUGUACAAACACCAAAAGGAAAUUGUUGAGUGCCUAGAAAGAAAUAUUGAUGAUGAUGCCAGUGAUUAUAAGACAAUAAACAAGGCCACGGGACUGAAGGGUUUCCUGCAAGACGCAGAUUUUCUCUUCUGGUUAAAUUCUUUUAAUACAAUUCUGUCCAGCAAAUUAGGGCGAUCACUGGGAACAGGUAGACCAACUGCAAAACGGGGACGUUUCACAGAAUCAAGAAUAGUGUGUGCACCAAACGUUUGCGACCUCAUCACAACUCAGAUCAGAGAACGAUUCAGUUUCAAUGAUCACUUAUCGAUUGCACAGCUGUUUGAUCCAUUGUUGUUUGCAGAACAUCAAACUAUUUUUCCGGAUAAAGAGCUUAAAACAGCUGUUAAUUUGUUCAAUUUACAGUCUUCAGAUCUACGUCAUAAGCUGAACAUGUUGUACGGCCAAAAAGAUUUUAUGAAGGCGUCAGGUGCUUUGACCUUGUUGAACUUUCUUUACGAUAACAAUCUGGCUAAAGCUUUUCCUGAAAGUGUAAAACUUCUGCAAAUAAUAGUAACCUUCACUAUGACGACCGGAGAGGCAGAACGCUGCUUCUCUAUGUUAAAGCGAGUGAAAACAUUAAUGCGCAACACUAUGAAUGAGGACAGACUUAGUGCGCUUGCAAUGUGUUCCCUAGAAAAAGAAUUACUGAAUCGGCCAAAUUUCAAUGAAAUGGUCAUAGACCAUUUUGCUGCGCAGAAGGGGAGACGAGCUGACUUUGUCUAUAAACAAAUGAAAUGA